AUGGCGAUCUCGAUACUUGCACUGAGCGUUGUAGGCGCACUUGUCGCGUUCUUCCUCGUACGUCCUCGCCUCCAGGCCUCCAAGUCCAACAUCAACUUUCCUCCAGGACCUCCUACCAUACCAUUCCUCGGUAACCUCCAUCAAAUACCGUUGACGAAACCAUUCAUUCAGUUCGCAGCAUGGAGCCGCACGUACGGAUCGCACGGCCUCGUCGGCCUGUCACUCGGACCCAGCAACAAAGCCGUCGUCCUCAACACCUGGCAAUCCGUGCGCGAUCUCCUCGAUCAACGCGGGGCCCUCUACUCGUCCCGGCCGUACGUGCCUAUCGUGGAGUACGUGCUACCCCCGCCCGGUGACAUCCAUCUCGUCUUUUUGCGGUAUGGUCCCAAGUGGAGGAAGGAGAGGAAGACAAUUACGGACUUCUUGAAAGACGACAAAGUUGAUAAGCUCUUGCUGUUGCAAGACGCUGAAUCAUCACAAAUGAUGCAUGAGCUGCUGUGUGAUCCUGCUCAUUACCACGACCAUAUUUUGCGGUACUUUGGCGCCAUCAUCAUGUCAAGCGUCUUUGGCACCCGCGGAAAGGAUUUCAGCGAUGAGGGUAAGAUUAAGAAGUUCUUCGAAUGCCAAGCGGAGUGGGCAGGAAUGCUGGAUCAGGGGGCCGUUCCCCCUUUCGAUGUGCUGCCAUUUCUGAAAUAUGUCCCGGAUUUCCUGACGCCUUGGCGAGGUUGGAAACUUAGAGCUGCAGACCUCAAAUUGAAACAGAACGGAUUGUAUCACGACUUAUUCGGGGAAGCCAAAGCACGCAUCAGCCAGGGGAAGGCCGAAGACAGCUUCGUAGCAGGGCUUUUGCGUGAUAACGAAAAAGAAGGCUACAGCGACCUCGAUCUCGAGUACAUCGCCGGCUUUUUGAUGGAGGGAGGCUCGGACACGACCGCCGGUGCUUUUGAAACAUUUAUUUUGGCAAUGGCUGCGUAUCCUGAUAUCCAGAAAAGAGCUCAAGCAGAAGUGGAUGCGGUAUUUGGCGAGAGUGGCAUACGUGCUGAACGUCUGACUGCAGAAAUUUUGCCUUAUAUCAAGGCUUGUUUCCUUGAGACUCUCAGGUGGCGGCCAGGGUUUCCCAUGGCUAUCCCUCACGCAACAACUCGCGACGAUGUUUACAAGGGCUACAACAUCCCCGCUGAAACUACAAUUCUCAUGAACAUAUGGGCUAUCAACCAUGAUUCAGAUGAGUACGAGGACCCAGACACUUUCGAACCCGAGCGGUUCAUGAAGAAUCCACUGGGUGUCAAAACUUGCAAUCAGGAGUCCAAGGCGGCGACCGAAGAUCAAUCGCGUCGGCCUACUUACAGCUUCGGGGCCGGAAGAAGGAUCUGCGCCGGUCAGCGCAUGGCUGAGAACAGCAUGCUGAUGACCAUGUCCAAGCUACUUUGGUGCUUUGAUAUCGUUGCGGGGGAUACGAUGCCGGAUACUUCGAUGCAGACUGCUUUCAAAGAUGCGAUCCUGACUGGGCCGAAGGCUUUUGAUGUCAGCUUCAAAGUGCGUGGUGAGGAUCGGCAGAAGCAUCUUGUUGAGGAAUGGACAAAGGCAGACGCAUGGCUGAAGAGGUUUGAGUGA